AUGUUUCGUUUUCCAUUACAAAAUAAACUCAAUUUAUCUUCACGAAGUGACAUUUUGUUUUUAUAAGAGAUAUAGUAUAUGUAUAUAUAAUUUUUUUUUGAAGGAAGAUAUAGUGCUAUAUUUUUUUAUUCAAACAAAACACACUAAUUUAGUCUUUAUUUUCCCUAUCCUCCUUCUCUGUUCUUUCUCUGAGACAACAAUAUACUCGAAAACUAAUUUAAGAAAAAAUAAAAAAUCAAUUUGAGAAAAAUUUCUGUGGAAAUGUCCGCCUCCGGCAACAAACCAUCAGCCCCACCCGCACCCGACCCGGACGAGCCCCGGGUCGCCUACCCGUAUCGGCCGUCCCCGCCCGAUGCUCCGAUCGCCUACACCCACACCCACACCCACAGCGGCUCCUUCGGGUCGGGUUCGCCUCCUCAAGGCUACGGGUAUUACCAGUCUCCGCCGACGAACGCGUACAGCUCGUUUCCCCCGGGCACCCACCCGGAUGUGAUCCGGAGCUUCCAGAUGGUGGAUAGGAACCAAAACGGUUACAUUGAGGAGAAGGAGCUCCAAGAAGCGCUCGCUUGGAAUUACCAGAGAUUCAGCCCUAGCACUCUGCGUUUGCUUAUUUUUCUCUUCAGGAAUCCCCGAGAAUCUUCUUCUAUAAUCGGACCGAAAGAGUUUGCAGAUAUUUGGAGUUGCCUUGGCCAAUGGCGGGCAAUUUUUGAAAGAUUUGAUCGAGAUAGGAGUGGGAAAAUCGAUGCUAUGGAAUUGAGGGAUGCCCUAUAUAGUCUUGGAUAUGCAGUACCACCUUCUGUUCUGCAAGUCUUGAUUUCCAGAUACGAUGAUGGCAGCAGGCGCCCGGUAGAGCUAAGUUUCGACAGCUUUAUUGAAGGUGGGAUGAUUGUAAAGGGUUUGACAGAGAAAUUCAAGGAGAAAGACACGCGUUACACGGGAUCAGCGACGCUAACUUACGAGACGUUCAUGUCCAUGAUCCUCCCUUUCCUCGUUGCAGAUUAGUAUUCUCGAUCAUGUAGUUCUCUUCCAUUAUUCUUGAUUUGGUUUCGGCAUAGGUUUUCUGCUAGAGCUUUGUACAUGUAUAAAAAAGAGCAAAGCUUUUUUGUUGUCUCUACACUUCUUCCAUCGUUUAUUUUUCUUUGAUAAUUGUGUUUGGUACAUAAUUGUGUUUGCUUGCAUAUGGAAUGGUUCAAAUGAGUGCAGAUAUGUCUCCUAUAAAAUAGGAAUUAUUUUCA